AUGCCUCCCGGUUGGCCCAUCAAGAUUGAGCCUAUCCACGGCGGCGAGCUACUCAGGGUUCCUUAUGUUCGGCAACCGCUUGCCAACAUGACCUUCUCACUUCUAGACAGGCUCAAGUACGAAAACAAUCCAGAUGUCUGGGAAAGACACGUUGCAAAGGCUUUGCCUAUCCUGGAUAGGCUGGAGCCAAUCUGCAAGAGCAUGUCAUCUUCACCGAGGCUCAGCAGGGAGAUGAGAGUUGCUGCUACGAACUGGGUGAACGACAUUGGUGCGGUCCGGCAGCGAGCUGCGCAGAGAAGCAAGAUUGUCAUUGGUGUGUUUGGCGGCACGGGUGACGGAAAGAGUUCAACCAUCAACGCUCUGCUGGAUGAGGCUAGUCUGCUCCCCACCAAUUGCAUGCGGGCCUGCACCGCUUGCGUCACCGAGAUUUCUUACAAUGAUGAUGACGACCCCGAGAAUCCAUACCGAGCGGAGAUCGGCUUUGUCUCGCCAGAAGACUGGAUGCGUGAGAUUCGAACAUUUCUCAAAGAGGUUGCUGCCAACAACGUUCAACCGUAUGGUGACGAGGAUGAGGAUGAGAUGGACUUGGACGCGAGCGAGGCUGCCGAUCCUGUUGGAAAGCAGCUAAUCAGACAUCCGAAUGUCUAUUGGGUCCUUGGAACCACUCGGACAUUCAAGGCUGCUACGGGAACGGACCUCCGCCGACAAGUCGAACGCUACAUCGACUCAACAGAUGAGAAUGAUGACGAAACCGUCGCCUACUGGCCUUUGGUCAAGGCCGUCCGAAUUUUCACACGCGCAGAGGCACUGUCCAACGGAGUGACAAUCGCAGACCUGCCCGGCACUCAUGAUGCAGAUGCCGCCAGAGCAUCUAUGGCCAAAGAAUACAUGAAGUCCUGUGCUGCUAUCUGGAUUGUGGCCCCCAUCCAUAGAGCAGUCGACAACAAGACAGCCAGAGACUUGCUCAGUGACAAUUUCAAGCACCAGCUCAAUCUUGAUGGGUCCUUCUCGUCGGUUACCUUCAUCUGCACCAAGACGGACCAGAUCAGCCUCAGCGAUGCGAUGAACAAUUUGAAGAGGCAUCUGGACCCCGAGAUCAUCAAAUACCGGGAAAAGGCUGCCACGCGUCGGCAGGAGAUCAAGCUUUUGAAAAAGAAGAUCCUGAACCUGCGAAUGAGCUCGGGCUUGACGGAAGACUCAGAGGACGACAUCGACACGCAUCAACCUGCGAAGAGAGUCAGGAUUGAGCGAAUUGACGAGUACAGAAAGCAACUGGAGAUAGCCGAGAAUGACCUGAAUGACCUUGAUGAGAUGGUCCGCAUGGCAUGCAUUCAGAAGCGAAAUGACAUUUCGCGUGACACCCUAAGAAACUACUUCAACCGCAUCGUCAGAGAGGCUCGCCAAAAGAGCAGUCUCAGAAGGAACGACACUGGAAAUGCACAACUGGAGGAUGAUAUUUCUGGCAAUCUUCCCGUCUUCUGCACAAGCAGCCAUGCAUACCAGGCCUUGAGAGGUCUUUCGGAGGACGACAUGGAUGAAUUUCGCGGGUUCUUCGAUAACGCAGACACGGAUAUUCCACAGCCUCAAAGUCAUGCACAAACCGUAACCAAUGAGCUACGAAUUGCGAAGCAGAGAGAAGUACUGGCUGGUAUCUACCAGGUCCUCAACUCCGUCUCUCUUUGGACACAGAACACCCCAGAUUUAGCAGCAGCGUUGAGCAGCGACACCUUGUCCUCAUUGCUCGACACAUUUGAGAGGGUAAGUCAGCUAGGUGUGGCGUGUAGGGAGGUCGUGAUACUGACUUCUCUUCAUACCAUGAGUGCAACGAUAAAUGUUUGCCUCGACCAUAUCCAACAUAACCUGAACGGACUCUUCGAGACAGCCCAUCAGGCAGCCAGAGUUGCUGAAACAGAGGCUGCUUUGAUCGUCUUCAAUUGGUUUUUGCCAAAAAGAUCAGGUGGUAUCUAUCAUUCGACCUUGAGGGCAUUGGUGGUUCGACGUGGCGUCUGGGGGCCAUGGAAUCUCAACGAAGAACUUCUUGAGCCGUUCUCCCACAACAUACUCUACCAAUGGGCUGGCGUGUUCCAACGAGAUGUCCCUGGCCAUUUGGAUGACUUUCUUGUGGAUGCGGUAGAGCUUCUCUCAAGGACUCACGACCGCAUCAUGCGCAAGCUUCGAGAGACUGCGGGCGAAGACUUGCGCCUUCGUGGGCAACUGGAUAUGCAACUCAAACUUCACAAAGACGGCCUCAAGCGUAUCAGCGCUGAAGUCAAGAACACUGUCAAUCGCGCUCAGAAGCUGGCCAGUCGAGAGCCCUUGCAGGUUGUUGGAGCCUUCAUGAAUGCUGGCUAUGGCCAUUGCAUGAACGAGAAAGAAAAGGGAAUGAUGAAGCGCAUGAGAAAUGUGCUCUCGGAUCAUCUUGCCGUAUACGAGAGAGACAUGUUCUUUGCAGUUACCAGUGUUCCCGAACAAGUACUCCAAGAGGCAGCCCGCAACGCUUCGGAUAUCUUGGUGGAUAGGGUUGGAGUGAUUUUGCGCACGAUGCGCACCGACUACGUGGUUGCGUUGGCGAAGCGUGAGGAGUCUGCGCGUCGCGCGGAGGCUCUCUUCAAGGACAAGAUGGUGGAAGUUCUCAAGUUUGCGCAGCCUUUGAUUCGAUGA